UCCCCCGGCUCUGGCAGCGCAGCAGUAGACAGAGGCAGCGCAGCAGCAGGGCCUGCCCAACACAGAUCGCAGCACACCGAGCGCGCCGAGCCGAGCGCGCCGACCCCUCGUCCCGUCUCUUCCCACGCUCCGGUGCGUCCCGCGUCCCGUUCCCCGCGUCCUGGCCCGGCCGGGCCGCAGCGCAGCGCCCCCCGCGGCCCGUCUGGUCCCCGUCCAGUCGGCGGACAACUCGCGGAGGUGCUGGAGCAGGUACUCGCACGAGCGUCGCGCAGCCUGACAUGGUGUUAACGCCGUCACCACUGCCCGGGACCCGAGUCCAAGCCAAGAACAUUGCUAUUUAGGAGGCCCCGGUGUCGAUUCGAAGUUACUGCGAGGUUACAAGAGCUACAAGGACAGCCGCAGGUGAAUAGGAACACUAUCCAGAAUCAGGAUGACGCGCUGGCCGCUGCUGGCGCUGCUGCUGGUGGCGAGAUGUGCCGCCGUCGCCGCCCAGUCCGAGGCCCUCGACAUGACGCAGGCCGUGUUCGGCAAGCUGGGCUCCAAGCCGUCCUCGCCCAAGCUGACGCUGUGGACGCCCGGACACCUCGACGACCUGCACGACGCGCUGCUGCAGGGCCGGCCGCUGCGCGCGCAGCUCAGCGCCCUGCCCGAGAGCUCCGCGCCGCGCGCCGGCACGCACAAGCUGUCCCUGUGGGUGCCCCGCGGCCAGGAGCACCAGGCGGCCGCCGCGGCCGACGAGUGGCAGGAUGGCUGGUCCGACCGCUCCGCCGUGGUGGUGCGCGAGGCUGCCCAGGACGACGUCGACGGUGACUUGGGCGCGGACGCCGAUCAAGACGAGGACGGAGUCGCCAUGUCGCCGUCGUGGCUGCGCGGCGCCCUGGGUGGGCGUGGCCUCGCCGACGGCCCGGACAACGGCCUAGCGGGCGGCAUCCCCGGGCACCAGGACGCCGCCGCGGCCGCCGCGGCCGCCGCCUCCCCGAGCGGGUCACUGGGGCACUUCCGGCGCAGGCGGGCCGCCUCACCAGGACCCAACGAGGCAAGCAGCGAGGACGCCUCCGUGGCGGCGGACAGCAGCAAGAAGGUCCCUGGACCGCCGCCGCAGCAGGCCAAGGCGGCGCGCAGCCACCAGUUCAUCACGGGCCGCAGCGAGAAGGAGCCGCCGCCCGUGGUGCGCGAGGUGGAGGCGAGUCAGCACGAGGCCAAGCCCGACGGCAGGGCCGACGGCAGGGCCAACGUCACGCCCCCGCCCACGCACGCGUCGCCCGUCGCCGCCGGCUCGUCCAGGGUCGGGGCCGGCAGGGACGCCCUCGGGCUGCGCGUCAACGAGAUCCCCCAGGGCCCGAGUGCCUCGCCCAGGUACUCGCACGUGUACGAGUCGGAGACGCAGCGCCACGCCGCGGACCACCGCCACUACACGGCCGACAACUACGGCAGCCACAACUCGUACGCGCACUCGUUCGGCGGCAACUACGGCAGCAGCGCCAGUGCCGCCUCCGCCUACCCGUCGGCAGCGUACCCGCCGCCGCCGCACAGCCGCAACGCGCCCACCGCCACGCCCAGGAGGAUCAUCUACUACGCGUCACUGCCCGACCCGGCCCCCGCGCCACACCUGCAGCAGCAGCUGCUCCAGCAGCAGCAGCACCUGCCGCUGCCGCUGCCCGGAUCGUCCCGGGUGCCACACGAGUACCGCGGCCCGCCCUACGACAUCAACGGGGCGUACUCGUCGGACGGGCGCUUCCCGCCACCGCCAGCUCCCGCCCAGGGUCCCGCCAACGACAAUCUGUACAGGUACACCAUCAUCGACGCCGAGCCCCCAGGACCGCUCCUAGGCGGCUACCGGCCCAAUGCGCUGCCCUACCGGGACAGACUGCCGGCUGCCUCCCCAGCCCCCGCCGCCUACCCGCAGCCCUACCGCAUCAACCCCCCACCCCCGUCUCCCAGCACGGACGCCGGCCCGCAGGCUGCGUCGCCGAUUCAGUACACGCAGUACGACUACAACGGCAUUGGUGGCCUGCCCCCUCACUUACCUGACGACCCUAUGUCCGCGUCAGGCGCGCGCACCGCCAGCUCGUCUGCCCUGGUGGACUCCAAGCAGGGUGUCGUCCAGGGGCUGCCGCCGGGCGUUCCUCUCAGCGACGAUCCUUACCGCGGCUUCAACCCGCGCCAGCCCGCACCUUGGUCCAUGCAGGUCGGCACUCGCCUCACGGUGAAAGACGACGGCUACGGCAGCUCUGGCGGGGGUGGGCAGGGCGGCCUCCCCCCAGCGGCCCGGCGCUUUUACGUAACCAGCCAGCAGCAGCCGGGCUACGGGGAGCCAGCGUACGCCCCUGCUUACGCCCCCGCGUACGCCCCUGCGCAGGCAAGGUUUCCACGGCCGCUGGACAGGGGUGACCGCUCCAACAGCGCUCUCCAGAGGUCGGAGGCGAGAAACCGACUGUUCCGCUGAGCGCGACCAGCAGAACAGCUGACGCGGUGUGCUCAGUGUGUGCGCUUCAAAAGUUCAGAAGAGUGGGGGCGAGGCUGACGAUCACGUGCGCAACGAGAUGAGUCAGUCUUCCCUUAAGGAAAGGAAAACACCUGUGAGACAAUAAGGAACUCACAAUAAAGUCAGCGGCAACGAGCAAUGUUCUCUGUCCGUGAUGAUGCAAAGAUAGAAAGACAUCGAACUGUCAGGGCGGUGGCGGCAAAGGGAAGACUUGCGUGUAGAAAUGAUUGAGGGCGGUACUCUUUGACAUUUAUGAAUUAAGGACUUGGUGUGAUUGAGGAAGUACUAUAGCAUACAGUGCCGCUUUAAGACUGAAGACCAAAUAAUAUUUGUCCUCAAAGAAACCAAAGACAUUCAUAAUCUCCAUGCUUUAGUAAGGUUUGUCUGGUUAAUACAUUUAUUAUUUAUUGGUAGGUUAACUCCAUUAAACAUGCAUGUACAUAAUAAAUUGAUUACCAUCCUGGUUGAUAGUAAACCAUUUGAAAACAAUAUACCAUUGUAUUCUAUUUUUUUAAUGUAAACCUUUUUUUCUUUGAAUUACCUUGUUUUAAGAGAUUUAGUUACGAUAAAAAGGAUAUACUGCUGUGUAAAAUAACUUUUAAAAGGCUACAUAGGACAAAGAGCGUUCUUUUCCACAACCAUGUUACGAGGUUAUUACGGGUGAAUUCGCUCAUAUCUUUCUUCUAUACCUUAUAUUAUUCUCUACCUAAAGCGAAAAGUUCCCAAAGAUUCUAUGUCUGAUUUUCCAGCCUUAGCUUCCUAAACAUUGCACCUCUUCCAUGUAGCUUGACCACAAGUUAUGCUUUUGAAAUUUACUCAAUGCAGUGCUGCACUGAUCGAAUGUGUCAGCCAGAAAGGCUUCACCUAGUAGAACGUCUAUAGUUGGUCAUGGUCGGUCUUGGUCUAUUUUCGUACACAAUUUAGGGGUCGGACCCAUCCUAAAACGUCCAGAUGGUCUGACAUUAGACCUAGGCAGGCGUCUUGUAGAUUAAGAUUUCUUUCUGGGAGGAUAUCAGUAGGUAUAAUUCGUAUACUAAAACAAAUAAUCGGACAGUAGACAUACUUUACUCUAAAUGUAAAGGGACAGUUUCGUCCGUAGAAAUGGAACGAUUUCAUGCACAUCCAGAAAGGAUACAAUUUUGUUCCUAAAACUAGACAAAUUGUCUGAGGCUUUACGAUUUUGUCCAAUUUAAGGAACAAAUUGUAUCCUUUCGGGGUGUGAACGAAUCCGAUCCAUUUCUACGGACAAAAUUGUCCCUUUACAUUAAGGGGUAUACAUUUGAACGUAUGUUAUCGUACAGGACAGAUAUUCCACAGGGUGCUGCGGGCGCUGCACUUGGAAAAGAGAAUGUAGAUAGACAUCUGCCAGGAAUUUAAAUAUUUUAAGUCUAUUAUUCUUUCAUUUAAUUCUAUACAUUUUAGUCCGUUUACCUGUACUGUGCUGAACCGGUAACAGACUAAAAGCAACAUUAUAGAAAAUUGACACUUCUGCAGAAAAAAUAAAACAAAAUAUAUAAAUUUUA